ACCAGAAAGAUUUUAGCCCCCCUGAUUGCCUUGACUCCGCUCUCAUUUUGUAGAUUUCUCGGGUAGAACCCUGGUUGGCAAAAGGAGCUUAAACCCCAAAAUGGCUUUGAGAGCGGCGGCGGCGGCGGCGUCUAGAACUACGGUAGCUUCUCGAGGCCUUAGAGCUCUAUUCUCCACUGUCUCUUCAAGUUACCGUUACACUCCAGUGCAGACUCAAGUUGAGAAGCCACCUCCGGCUGAGCCGUCCACCAAUCUCUUCGUCUCUGGCCUCAGCAAACGCACAACAUCCAAAGGACUUCAAAAGGCUUUUGAACCAUUUGGUGAGGUGGUGCGUGCUAAAGUAGUGACAGAUCAUGUAUCUGGCUUUUCAAAAGGUUUUGGUUUUGUUAGAUAUUCAACAUUGGAAGGGGCUGCAGCAGGUAUUAAAGGCAUGGAUGGCCAGUUUCUGGAUGGAUGGGUUAUAUUUGCAGAGUAUGCAAGACCAAGAGAGAAUCCUCCCCCUCUAAACAACUAUAACAACAGCUAUGGUGGACCUUUUAAUGGCAAUUUCAACAGAUAAACUUUUGGCAGCCAGUAGCUCUUCUUCUUCUUCUUCUUCUUCUUCUUUGGCAAAAGGUUGAAGAUUUCCGUAUUUGGAUUUCCGUUAUAGGUUCCUGGAAACCGAAUAUCAUUUAUACUGCUCUUACUUUCGGUGUCGAAAACCCCAUUGAAUGUAUGUGACCUUUCUCCUCUCUUGGUUACUUGCCAGUAUAUUACUAUUGUUCAAGCAAGAAUUUCCCAACAUUGUGAUGCCAAACAGUCCAUUAUAUCUUUUGGUUCUAUAACUAUGGAUUACAAGUCAUUUUAUUUUAACUUGUAUUAUCCUUUAUCGACCAUAACUCUCACCGGA